AUGUCAUCAGCCCCGGCCCGACCUCUCCGGGACCUCCGCAGCCCAAGGAUGUCGCCAGCGGCCCCUGGCGCAGUCUCGACGCGCCGCCUUUCAGCUCCUUGUGGUCCCCACAAAAGCCAGACAACAAUAUCAAUUAAUCAUGCAGCGAGCGAACAAGGAGAUUUAUCCCGCGACAAACAGCCCCACGGAGAGCCUCUGAAUAGGCCGUCCGUCGGAGGAGAGCGCGGUGACAGCCCCUCGGCCUGGAAUCCUACAAGGGAACAAAAUGCGCUGGUAACCUCGGCGCGCGGAGGGAGCGCGGGCGAGGGCGCGGGGCCGGAACCGGCACCGAGGAGUGCAGUCCGCCGAGGCAGCCUCUGCUCGCCCCAGGGUUCCGGCCCUGAGUUGGUGUCUGGGUGCCCGCGGCGCGGCGGUUCCUCGGAAGAGCUCUGCGGCUCGGUUCGCGCAGGCAGUGAACUUUAUAUCCCUACGAGACCGGUUUUCCCAAACCUCCCAAUUUUCCUGCCUCUUGGAAAAGCCGCCGCGCUUGGGCUUGGUACCUGGCAAGAACAGGUCCCUGGUUGCGCCUUCCCCUCUCGUGGCAGGGCUAGCGCCCCCAGGGUGGGCCCAGUACGGCAUCAGGCGAAGGUGCCGCAGCCUUGGCGCAAGGACAGCCUGGAGCCGCGGGCCCCCCACCCCCGCCCGGGUCAGCGGGGCAGCCCCGGACUUGCACUGGAUCCGAAUAAGCAGGGCUGGGUUCGGCAGCGUAGGAAGUUGGGCGUCGCCGUUCCUCCCCAGACCCAGGGGUCGGAGCUCAAGAUUUUUGGCCCGGAUUUGGGUCUGGGUACACUUGGGCCUUCCCCGUAG